CCGAAAAGGCCCCAUCUUGCUCCCUCGCGCCGGCCGAUCUCGCCGCCGGCGGAACAAUUAGCCUGCGCUCGAUUUGCCGGCCGUCGCGAUGUGGGGGGACUCGAAGCCGAUGCUCAAGUCCCGCGGCGGGGGCGGCGGCGGGGGCGGCGCCGACGAGGAGGGCGACUACUUCCCCAACACGCCGCGCAAGGACUGGUCCACGGGCCUGCUCAAGCUCGUCACCGCCAUGGUCAUCUUCAUGGCCGGCGUCGUCAUCGGCCUCUCCGUCAGCGCCAACGUCUCCCGCUACUACUACAACUCCCACACCGAGCUCUUCUUCCCCACCGCCACCUACAGCUCCUGCGACCGCCGGGGCGCCACGGGUGACUGCGGCCCGGGCUUCAAGGCCUUCGUGCACCCGCCCACCCUCGCGCACUCCAUGACCGACGACGAGCUCUUCUGGCGCGCCACCCUCGUGCCCACCGCCGAGGAGUUCCCCUUCCAGCGCGUCCCCAAGGUCGCCUUCCUCUUCAUGACCCGCGGCCCGCUCCCCUUCGCCCCGCUCUGGGAGCGCUUCUUCCGCGGUCACCAGGGCCUCUUCUCCGUCUACCUCCACACCAUACCGGACUACAAGCUCAACGUCUCCAAGACAUCCCCAUUCUACGGCCGCCAGAUCCCCAGCGAGGAAGUGUCUUGGGGAUCGAUAACCCUGGUGGAUGCUGAGAAGCGCCUGCUGGCCAAUGCGUUGUUGGAUUUCUCGAACGAGCGUUUUGUUUUGCUCUCGGAGAGCUGCAUUCCGGUGUUCAACUUCCCAACCGUCUACGAGUAUCUCAUAAACUCGGAGCACAGCUUCGUUGAGUCCUACAACAUCGACACCCCUCAAAGCGCUGGCCGCUACAACCGUCGAAUGGCACCUCACAUCUUGCCGGAACAAUGGAGGAAAGGGUCAGAGUGGUUUGAGCUUAACCGUGAGCUGGCCGUGCGUGUGGUAGCGGACUACAAGUAUUACUCGAUCUUCCGGAAGCAUUGCAGACCAUCUUGCUACCCGGAUGAGCAUUACAUACCGACCUAUCUUCAUCUUUUCCACGGGUCGCUCAACGCCAACAGGACCAUCACAUGGGUUGAUUGGUCAAGAGGAGGCCCACAUCCAGCAAGAUAUGGUGCUGGAAACAUCAAUGUGGAUUUCAUCAAGGCCAUCAGGAACAACGGUACGCAGUGCCUCUACAACUCGAAGCACACCUCUGUGUGCUACCUCUUUGCAAGGAAGUUUGCUCCCAGUGCUUUGGGGCCAUUGAUGAACCUCACUUCGACGGUAUUGGACUUUUGAGCUCGGCUUCCAUUGGCAUUAUAUUAUCGAGCUAUCUCCAUCGACGAUCACUCGCUCGCGUGCCGGUACCGGUCAGGUAGAGGUACUCUGCUAGCUCAGGGACUGCUGUCGAGGACGCUUGGCUGGUGGAUGACGCUGUGUGGGACGGUGAAAUUUACUUCACUUAUCCUGAAGCUGAUUCCCGAGUAAUGGACGAAUGGCGCUACAAGAUCAAGAGAGGACAUUUUCACCUCCCAUUCUUUUUAAUAUAUCAUAGCUCUGUGAUAGAUCUUUUUUCUUUUUUCUUCUGCCCCCCAUCACUUAUUGUAAUGACUUGGUCAGGAUGCUAAUUUUAUGUGAAUAUAACUUGCUCAAUCGUUGCUUGGCU